UGAGUGGCUCCUUCCUCUUUCAUUCUGUCAGACAGACUCUCCCAAUUCUCACCUACACACGACUCCUCUGCCUCCUGGGCUAGCCGACCAGUUCUACACUGCAGCAGAGGGACGACAGGACGACACACGGGGCUCCUUCCACCUUUAUUCCGUCGGUGAAACUCAUCCCAAACCUCUCCACCUGCUCACGCCUGGUUGCUGCCAGACACAGACAUGGAUCCUCAGAGAAUACUUGACGACCUCCGCCUCUACCAGAGCACCCUUCUUCAGGACGGCCUGAAGGAGCUGCUGAACGAGAACAAGUUUGUGGACUGCGUCCUGAAGGUGGGGGAACGCUGCCUGCCCUGCCACAGACUCAUAAUGGCUGCCUGCAGCCCCUACUUCAGGGAGCUCUUCUUCAGCGAGGAGGAGGAGGGGGCCGCCGACAGCAAUAAGGAGGUGGUUCUGGAGGAUGUGGACCCGUCCGUCAUGGAGAUGAUCAUCAACUACCUGUACUCGGCUGACAUUGACAUCAACGAUGACAACGUGCAGGAUAUCUUCGCCGUGGCCACCCGCUUCCAGAUUCCAUCUGUGUUCACCGUGUGCGCCAACUUCCUCCUCAAGAAGCUCUCCCUGGGCAACUGUCUGGCCAUUUAUAGGAUGGGGCUGGUGCUCAACUGCCCCAGGCUGGCCGUGGCCGGCCGGGACUACAUCUCGGACCGCUUCGAGACCCUGGUGAAGGAGGACGACUUCCUGGAGCUGGCUGCCCACGAGCUGUUCGCCAUCAUCGGGGUAGACUCCCUCAAUGUGGAAAAGGAGGAAGUGGUGUUCGAGUUGCUCAUGCGCUGGGUGCGCAAGGACAAGGAGCACCGGCUCGAGACCCUGGGCGACGCCUUCGACCACGUCCGCUUCCGCCUGCUUCCGGAGAAGUACUUCAAUGAGAAGGUGGAGAAGGACGACAUCAUCAAAGCCGACCCCGAGCUCAUGAAGAAGAUCAAAGUCAUCAAAGAUGCGUUCGCCGGGAAGCUGCCCGAGAAGAAAAAGGCGGAGGAAGGGAAAGGCGAAGAGGGCGAGGAGGACGGCGGCGGCUUGCCCGGGUACCUGAACGACACGCGUCGGAUCGGCAUGUACACCACGGAGAUGAUCCUGAUGAUCAACGACACGGCUGCCGUGGCGUACGACUCGGUGGAGAACGAAUGCUCCCUGGCCGCCAUGGCGGAGCAGAUUCCACGGAAUCACGUCCCCAUCGCCACGGCCAAGAACCAGCUGUAUGUCGUCGGAGGCCUGUUUGUGGACGACGACGAGAACAAAGGAGCACCGCUACAGUGCUAUUUUUAUCAGUUGGACCCCAUAGCAGCUGAUUGGACAGCACUUCCCCCUAUGCCCUCCCCCAGAUGCCUAUUCGCCAUUGGGGAAUGUGAAAACUUCCUGUUUGCUAUUGCUGGCAAAGACCUACAGACAAACGAGUCCUUGGACUCAGUGAUGUGUUAUGAUACUGAGAAAAUGAAGUGGAGCGAAACCAAAAAGCAGCCCCUGAGGACCCAUGGCCACUGUGUCGUGUCACAGUACGGGAUGAUUUACUCUAUAGGUGGAAAGGCAGAUGACGGCGCCGACAGCAAACACAUCAACAAGAUGUUUGUCUACAACCACAAAAAGUCGGAGUGGAAGGAGGUGGCUGGGAUGAAGACACCCAGGUCCAUGUUUGGGGCGGUGGUGCACAAGGGACAGAUCAUCGUGGUUGGCGGGGUCAACGAAACUGGGCUCCUGAGGUCCUGUGAGGCCUACGACUUUGGAACGAACAAGUGGGCGGACUUCCCUGACUUCCCCCAGGAGAGGAGCUCCCUGAACCUGGUGAGCAGCGGGGGCAACCUGUUCACCGUGGGGGGGUUCACCCUGGUUGAGACGGACGAUAAGGAGUGCGCCCCCACUGAACUCAAUGACAUCUGGCAGUACGAGGAGGAUAAGAAACAGUGGACGGGUCUCAUCAGAGAGAUGCGUUACGCCGCCGGAGCUUCCUGUGUGUCUAUGCGCCUCAACGCCGCCAAGAUGCCCAAACUCUAACUCCAUUCUCAUUCACACAAACAGACUCUAACUCCAUUCUCAUUCACACAAACAGACUCUAACUCCAUCCUCAUUCACACACACAGACUCUAACUCCAUCCUCAUUCACACACACAGACUCUAACUCCACAUGGGCUCAGGUCCGGAAAGCAAGAAAUAUCAGAAAAAAAAUCAUAUUGCAGUAUCCUUGUUACAUUGAAGUACACUAUUAACAGUGUAAAAACACUAGUUAGCUGACAGUGUAGUAUGCUAUAACAAACUAAGUAAUGACAAUAAUACAUAAAAUACUGAUACUAAGUGUAUAUUAUAUACAUCAGUUAUAUAUCAGAAUUUGUAUUAGGGAACAUAUACAAGUGCAUAGAGUAAAUAGCUUUUACACACCAAAGUUAGGGUGUUACUCUGGACUAAAGGUCUAAAUGUAUCAAGGAGACUGUCAUAUAAAGUGUCACUAAAUCACUGGUGGCUGUUCUGUCCACCAGUAUGCCUACUGAAUGUGAAAAAGUCAAAGCACAACACAGCACCCGCUCUUGAUGAACUUUGUUGUUGUAGGGGCUGAAUCUCCCUGGCAGUGCUGUCUGCUCGACUGAACUGAACGAGUGAUUCGUUUAAAAAUGUGUAAUGCUGAAAACAAGAUUUGUACAGCUUCGAAAAGAACCAUUUGUAAUGCUCUACAGGAGAGCAGUCAUGCACACAAUUCCACAAGUACUAUGCCAGCAGGAUCCCUUGGCUCAGAAAUGUUGGUGCACAAGCAGUAAUACACUCGUGCCACUAGGGGCGCCAUUCUCAACCCACAGGUCUUGCCCCUACAGACGUCCCAUCUGACACUAGAGCCAGUUCAGACGUUAUUAUACCACAUAUCCACUUAGGGCUGUACUCUGUUUUUACACACUG